AUGAGUGUCAAUAAGGGAGCCCGAGUAAUGCCAUUAGACGGAGUCUCCUCAUCUUCUCGACCCGCGUGCAUUCGCCUCAUCGAUGCCUAUGGCUCUCUUGGUGGUCCUGUUAGAGCAGGUUUACGGUACACCAACGCUCAGGAUGCCCAGCAGUUCGUGCCGGCUCGUAAGCUGCCCUCAGUGAUGGGUGGCGCGCCAGAACAUUCUGCGAUGUAUCGGGAGAGGUUCCUGGCCCUUCGGAAAGCUCUCUGGCAAUCGUCCGGUAAUCCUACGUACGUGGAUUUGGCAAUGGAAAAAAUCGCUUCGGAGGGAUCUAAAAUGCCCAAGAUCCGUGUCAAGGGCCUGGGGGACGUUUUCCAGGCAUCGACGGGAGGAAUGAUGGAGAGAAUCAGCAUCAAUCCUGAUGUUGAAGACAUUUGCAUUGAGGAGCCCCCGAAGCCAGAAGAGCAGUCACUCCUCAAUCCGGGUACUAGCGAGCGUAUUGUAAUAACUGCCGUUGAGAAUUUGCCGGGCAACGCGGGUGUUAAAUUCGUAUUCGGUCUUCUCUCGAGAGCAUCUGAGGGGUCAUUGCAGAUUGAGGAUAUUCACCAGAAUGUCAAGUUAGAUUUCUCUCAGUGUGUGCCGAGUAGCGAGCUCAUCGUUGUGGAUGCGAGCUUCGUGCUUCUGAAAGGAGAAAUGUCCGACUUGGGUGACGGGAUCUUUCACGUACUUGAGAUGAAGAUGCCUCCUAAGAUUUCACGGAAGUUCUGCGACCCCACCAUAGACAUCUUUGGUGCGACGGCCAGAGACAAUCAGCUCGGUAACCAUACCGGCUUGCUCGAGAUCUCCGAGAUCGGCCAACCUGGCCUUGAGUCGGCCGAGGACCUCAUGGUGGUGGUCAUGGGCGAAGUCCAUUUGGAUGACGAUGAUACCUUGGAAAAAUUGGCCGAUAUUCUCUUCGGCUUUGAGAGGAUGGAUCAGCCGCCUCCAGCAGUGUAUGUUUUCAUGGGCAACUUCACCAAGAAGCCUGUCAAUAUGAAGUCAGCGAAAAGUGUCAGAGAUUAUAGAGCAUGCUGGGCUCGGUUAUCGGAAGAAUUGGAACAAUACCCGAAAACUAUGGCCAACUCCCAGCUUGUAUUCGUACCCGGCCCGGACGAUCCUGCUGGCAUCGGAGGUCUCCUGCCGAUUCCUGCCCUUGGGGACUAUCUCACGGAGAGGAUUGCAAAAAAAUUCAAGGGCGUUCAUAUGUGCUCCAACCCGGUGAGGAUACGUAUGGAUUUGGGAGGACAAGUUGUCGAGGAGCACGGAAGCGACCUCUCCAACAAAGCGGACUUCAUUGCGUUCCGGUCGCCAGAUGUAUGUCGUAAACUAUACAGCAACUGCAUCGUAAGACAACUAGAAAGCACAAGGGCUGGUACAAAGGAGGAGAGGCAAAUGAUCACGAACAGAGAAUUUUUCCGAGCCAUUGCGCAACAAGCUCAUCUUUGUCCCGUGUCACAGGAGGUUCAGCCGGUCAUCUGGGGGCUAGACCAUAUGUUACAACUUCACGCCCCGCCCAAUGCUGUAUUCAUUUGCGACCAGUAUGUAACCUCAUGUGAGGAGUUGGUCGAGGAUGAACUGGUCUUCUGUAGCACUGGCGAGUUCAAGAGAUCCUUCACAGACACUGUUCUGGAGAUGGGUCCGGGAACAGGGAAUAUGAGCGUCAAACUGAGCGAGCUGGCGAAUCGAGUGGUGGCAAUGGAAGUUAACGAAGGGUUGGCUAAGGAGGUUGAAAGACGUGCGGAGAUGAAAGGAGCCUCAAAUAUGGAAGUUGUUACGGGUGAUUUCAAGAGACUGGCUUUGCCAAGGUUUGACGUUGUCAUAGCUAACCUACCAUACCACUUGGCAACGGGAUUCCUUUUGAAGCUGAUGGGCCAUCCGUUCCGGACUGGUAUCAUUAUGCUGCAGCAUGAAUUUGGAAAGAAGCUCCUAGCGGACCCUGGAGAGAAGAUAUACUCUCGAUUGUCGCUAAACAUGCGGAUGUUCUUCAAAGCAGAACGGAUAUGCAAGGUACCGGGCCGAGCAUUUUUCCCGCAGCCGCAGACUACUUCAGUGAUAAUUCGGCUCACACCACGUGUUCCGGCGCCGAAGGUCGAUUUUGCAGAGUGGGACGCUAUGAUCCGGAUAGCGUUCUUCCGUAAAAACCAAGAUGUCUUCAAGAUGUUCAAGCGCCUCACCGUACUCAAUAUGCUAGAACAUAAUUAUAAGAUGUGGUGCUCCAUCAACCGCAUAGUUACUGCGAGCGUUCCACAGCAAAGGAAUCUAUUUCGUCAACUUUGCCACAGCUCCGGCGCAGCUACCUCAGGAGAAUUUCAUAUCGAUUCUAUGACCCAAAACAAGACGACGGCUUCUUGGCGAAAGUGGUCGGACCAGAUUUACCAGACAAUGUUAGCGACUGUGAAACUGACAAUGAUGAAGAUGAACACGAUGAUGAUGCGUGGUUGCCAUGCUGACCGUUUCUGCAUGAUCAUCACGUCAAGCUGUCAAUUGCAUGGGAAUCGCCAAGAGAUCGGUUCACGGAGUCUCGUUAUGAAGAAUGUCGACCAUAUGAUGUUCCCACCGAAACAUGAUCAUGCUAAUGAGUGUACAAAGGAGCUUCGAACCAUGGGUAUACAUUUGAACCUGCCAGCCAAGUCCUGGCUGAAUACUGUCAUGAAUGACAUUCUAAUUCACGUUGAAGAUAAUAUUAUUCGGAAUCCGAAGUUUGGAUCCAACACCACCUGA